AUGAACAGCAUCAAGAACGUGCCGGCCCGGGUGCUGAACCGCAGGCCUGGCCACAGUCUGGAGGCCGAGCGCGAGCAGUUCGACAAGACCCAGGCCAUCAGCAUCAGCAAAGCCAUCAAUGCCCUGGAGGCCCCCGUGAAGGAGAAGCACGCCCGGCGCAUCAUCCUGGGCACUCACCACGAGAAGGGGGCCUUCACCUUCUGGUCCUACGCCAUUGGGCUCCCGCUGCCUAGCAGCGCCAUCCUCAGCUGGAAGUUCUGCCACGUGCUCCACAAGGUCCUCCGGGACGGGCACCCCAACGUGCUACACGACUGCCAGAGGUACCGGAGCAACAUCCGGGAGAUCGGAGACCUGUGGGGCCAUUUACACGACCGAUACGGGCAGCUGGUGAAUAUCUACACCAAGCUCUUGCUGACCAAGAUCUCCUUUCAUCUCAAGCACCCACAGUUCCCUGCAGGCCUGGAGGUGACCGACGAGGUGCUGGAGAAGGCAGCUGGGACCGACGUUAACAACAUCUUCCAGCUCACCGUGGAGAUGUUCGAUUACAUGGACUGUGAGCUGAAGCUCUCUGAAUCAGUUUUCCGGCAGCUCAACACGGCCAUCGCCGUGUCCCAGAUGUCCUCGGGUCAGUGCCGCCUGGCCCCCCUCAUCCAGGUCAUCCAGGACUGCAGCCACCUCUACCACUACACGGUCAAGCUCAUGUUCAAGCUGCACUCCUGUCUCCCAGCGGACACCCUGCAAGGCCACAGGGACCGGUUCCACGAGCAGUUUCACAGCCUCAGGAACUUCUUCCGCAGAGCCUCGGACAUGCUCUACUUCAAGCGGCUCAUCCAGAUCCCCCGGCUGCCCGAGGGACCCCCCAACUUCCUGCGGGCCUCAGCGCUGGCCGAGCACAUCAAGCCAGUGGUGGUGAUCCCCGAGGAGGCUCCCGAGGACGAGGAACCCGAGAACCUCAUUGAGAUCAGCACGGGCCCCCCCGCGGGGGAGCCAGCGGUGGUGGCGGACCUCUUCGAGCAGACCUUUGGACCCCCCAAUGGCUCCAUGAAGGAUGACAGGGACCUCCAGAUCGAGGCCUUGAAGCGGGAGGUGGAGACACUCCGCAGCGAGCUGGACAAGAUCAAGCUGGAGGCCCAGCGGUUCAUCGCACAGCUGAAGGGCCAGGUGAACGCGUUGGAAGCCGAGCUGGAGGAGCAGCGGAAGCAGAAGCAGAAGGCGCUGGUGGACAACGAGCAGCUCCGCCACGAGCUGGCCCAGCUGCGCGCCGCCCACGCGGAGGGCGAGCGGAACCAGGGGCUGCGCGAGGAGGCCGAGAAGAAGGCCAGCGCUACGGAGGCACGCUACAACAAGCUGAAGGAAAAGCACAGUGAGCUCAUCAACACGCAUGCCGAGCUGCUCAGGAAGAAUGCAGACACGGCCAAGCAGCUGACCGUAACGCAGCAGAGCCAGGAGGAGGUGGCGCGGGUGAAGGAGCAGCUGGCUUUCCAGGUGGAGCAGGUGAAACGGGAGUCAGAAAUGAAGCUGGAGGAGCAGAGUGACCAGCUGGAGAAGCUCAAGAGGGAGCUGGAGGCUAAGGCGGGAGAGCUCGUGCGCGUGCAGGAGGCGCUGAGCCGCUCGGAGCAGAGCGGGUUGGAGCUGAGCUCCAAGCUGGACGUGCUGAGCGCAGAGAGGGAUGAGCUGAGCGGUGUCGUGCGGCAGCGCGACGCUGACCUGCUGGUGGCCCAGAGCCUGGCUCGGGAGAAGGAGGAGGUGCUGAGCCAGGAGCGGCAGCGCGGCUCCCGGGAGAGGGAUGAGCUGCAGGGGCGGCUGGCCGACAAGGAGUCUCAGGAGCAGGGGCUGCAGCAGAGGCUGCUGGACGAGCAGUUCGCGAUGCUCCGGGCUACCGCCACGGAGGCUGAACGCAUCCUGCAGGAUGCGGUGGGCAAGCUGGACGACCCCCUGCACCUGCGCUGCACCAGCUCCCCGGACUACCUGGUGAGCAGGGCCCAGGCCGCCCUUGAUGCAGUAAGCGCCCUGGAGAAGGGCCACGCCCAGUACCUGGCCUCCAGGGCAGACGCCUCCGGCCUCGUGGUAGCCCUGACCCGGUUCUCACACCUGGCUGCGGACACCAUCGUCCACGGCAGCGCCACCUCCCACCUGGCCCCCACUGACCCUGCUGACCGCCUGAUCGACACCUGCAGGGAGUGUGGGGCCCGGGCCCUGGAGCUCGUGGGGCAGCUGCAGGAACAGCAGGCCCUGCUGCAGGCCCAGCCUGGCCUGGUGCGGACUCCCCUGCAGGGCAUCCUCCAGCUGGGCCAGGAGCUGAAGCCCAAGAGCCUGGACGUGCGUCAGGAGGAGCUCGGGGCUAUGGUGGACAAGGAGAUGGCGGCCACGUCUGCGGCCAUCGAGGAUGCGGUGCGGAGGAUCGAGGACAUGAUGAACCAGGCCCGCCAUGCCAGCUCUGGGGUGAAGCUGGAGGUGAACGAGAGGAUCCUCAACUCCUGCACGGACUUGAUGAAGGCCAUCCGGCUCCUGGUGACAACGUCCACCAGCCUGCAGAAGGAGAUUGUGGAGAGUGGCAGGGGGGCAGCCACGCAGCAGGAAUUUUAUGCCAAGAACUCGAGGUGGACCGAAGGCCUGAUCUCUGCCUCCAAGGCGGUGGGCUGGGGAGCCACCCAACUGGUGGAGUCGGCGGACAAGGUGGUGCUGCACACGGGCAAGUACGAGGAGCUCAUCGUCUGCUCCCACGAGAUCGCGGCCAGCACAGCCCAGCUGGUGGCGGCCUCCAAGGUGAAGGCUGACAAGCACAGCCCCCACCUGAGUCGCCUGCAGGAGUGCUCGCGCACCGUCAAUGAGAUGGCUGCCAACGUGGUGGCCUCCACCAAGUCGGGCCAGGAGCAGGUGGAGGACAGAGACACCAUGGACUUCUCCGGCCUCUCCCUCAUCAAGCUGAAGAAGCAGGAGAUGGAAACCCAGGUGCGGGCCCUGGAGCUGGAGAAGACGCUGGAGGUGGAGCGUGUACGGCUCGGGGAGCUGAGGAGGCAGCACUACUUGCUGGCUGGAGCCGUGGGGGCGCCGGGCGAGGAGGAGCCCAGCCCGCCCAGUGCCGCCCCCCGUAGCGCGACCAAGAAGCCGCCCUUGGCUCAGAAGCCUGCCGUGGCCCCGAGGCAGGACCACCAGCUCGACAAGAAGGAUGGCAGCUACGCAGCUCAAGUCGUGAACUGA